UCUGAAACCCUCCCAAACGAACUGAGGUCACUCCACACUCGAACUCUCCAGAGAGAAGGCUCAGCCCUACUCCCGCUCUUCCGGCUCUCUCUCCUCACCCGAUCCGAUCUAGGGUUUUCUCAUUGUUUGUGUUAAUUCUUUUUAAUGGCUAUUUCGUCGUCGACUCCUGAUAUUUCCGGCGACCGGCAAUCUGGCCAGGACGUUCGAACCCAAAAUGUUAUGGCGUGUCAAGCAAUUGCGAAUAUUGUCAAGUCAUCGCUUGGUCCCGUUGGCCUCGACAAGAUGCUUGUAGAUGAUAUCGGUGACGUAACGAUCACUAAUGAUGGUGCCACAAUCCUAAAGAUGCUUGAAGUUGAGCAUCCUGCUGCCAAGGUGCUUGUUGAGUUAGCAGAAUUGCAAGACAGAGAAGUUGGAGAUGGGACAACUUCUGUAGUCAUCAUAGCUGCAGAAUUGCUUAAGAAAGCCAAUGAUUUAGUGAGAAAUAAGAUCCACCCAACAUCAAUAAUUAGUGGUUACAGGCUGGCUAUGAGGGAAGCAUGCAAAUAUGUUGAUGAUAAACUGGCUGUAAAGGUUGAAAAACUUGGUAAAGAUUCUCUUAUAAACAGUGCCAAGACCUGCAUGUCCUCAAAGUUGAUUGGUGGUGAUAGUGACUUCUUUGCAAGUCUGGUUGUGGAUGCUGUACAAUCAGUAAAGAUGACAAAUGCUAGAGGAGAAAUUAGAUACCCAAUCAAGGGAAUCAAUAUUCUUAAAGCCCAUGGGAAAAGUGCCAGAGAUAGCUAUCUAUUGAAAGGAUAUGCUCUCAACACAGGCCGUGCUGCACAGGGGAUGCCCCUGAGAGUGGCCCCUGCCAAAAUUGCUUGCCUUGAUCUUAAUCUUCAAAAAACAAAAAUGCAAAUGGGAGUCCAAGUUUUGGUCACUGACCCUCGGGAAUUGGAAAAGAUUCGUCAGAGAGAAGCUGACAUGACAAAAGAACGUAUUGAGAAGCUUCUUAAGGCAGGAGCAAAUGUUAUUUUGACUACCAAAGGAAUCGAUGAUAUGGCACUUAAGUACUUUGUGGAGGCUGGUGCCAUAGCUGUCAGACGUGUUCGCAAGGAAGACCUGCGCCAUGUUGCUAAGGCAACUGGGGCUACUGCGGUCUCCACUUUCGCUGAUAUGGAAGGGGAAGAAACAUUUGAUUCUUCACUUCUAGGCUAUGCAGAUGAAGUAGUGGAGGAACGUAUCGCUGAUGAUGAUGUAAUUAUGAUAAAAGGGACCAAAACAUCAAGUGCGGUUUCCUUGAUACUUAGAGGUGCCAACGACUUCAUGCUCGAUGAGAUGGACAGGGCGUUACAUGAUGCUAUAUGCAUUGUGAAGAGAACACUGGAAUCUAAUACAGUAGUUGCUGGUGGAGGUGCUGUUGAGGCCGCCCUAUCUGUAUAUUUAGAGAAUCUGGCAACCACGUUGGGAUCCAGGGAGCAGUUGGCGAUUGCAGAGUUUGCCGAAUCCUUACUGGUUAUACCAAAGGUUCUCGCCGUAAAUGCUGCUAAAGAUGCAACUGAGUUAGUUGCUAAACUACGAGCUUACCACCACACUGCGCAAACUAAGUCAGAUAAGAAACAUUUAUCAAGCAUGGGUCUAGACUUGGUGAAGGGUGUCGUCCGCAACAAUUUGGAGGCAGGAGUCAUCGAACCUGCUAUGAGCAAAGUGAAAAUAAUUCAGUUUGCUACUGAAGCUGCUAUUACUAUCCUUCGGAUUGACGACAUGAUCAAGCUUUUCAAAGAUGAAAGUCAGAAUGGCGAGGAUUGAGUUGGGUACAAGAUGACGUCGGUAUGGUGUUUUGACCGACAACUAUCAUUAGUCCAUCGGAAGGUUGUGUUUUUUUCGUUACAUGGUCUGCUGCUAUUUGUUUGAUUUUGAACCUCCCCCUCGCCUAAAGUCUGGGUGAAAUUUUGUGGCUUGUGGAACAAUUGUGCCUUCGUACUUCAACUAGUGUCGAAUUAUUUUAGAGCGCUAUUCUUGUAUUUUGUGAUUCUUAUUUAGUUGUGCCAUCGUUGACGGGGAUUGUCGGUAGGUUGGUGUUAAAUGUUUUUAAUUACUACAACUUUUACUUA